AUGUCCUCUAACGGAACCGCCACUGUCGCACUCGCGCCCGGCCAUUUCCUCUUCACCUCAGAGUCUGUCGGCGAGGGUCACCCAGAUAAAAUUUGUGACCAGGUCUCGGACGCUAUCCUCGAUGCCUGCCUCGCGCAGGACCCAUUCUCCAAGGUCGGCUGCGAGACCGCGGCUAAGACGGGCAUGAUCAUGGUCUUCGGCGAGAUCACCACGAAGGGCACGAUCGACUACCAGAAGGUCAUCCGGGACACUAUCAAGCGGAUAGGGUACGACGACUCCGCCAAGGGCUUCGACUACAAGACAUGCAACAUCCUCGUCGCAAUCGAGCAGCAGUCGCCUGACAUUGCGCAGGGGCUCGACCACGGUUCGCUGGAGUCUAUCGGCGCGGGUGACCAGGGCAUCAUGUUCGGCUAUGCGACGGAUGAGACACCAGAGUACAUGCCCCUCACACUUGUCCUCGCGCACAAGCUCAACUCUGCGAUGGCCGCCGCGCGCCGCUCGGGCGAGCUCGGGUGGCUGCGUCCUGACUCGAAAACGCAGGUCACCGUCGAGUACAGGAAGGAGGGCGGUGCGACGAUCCCACUCCGCGUUGACACUGUCGUUGUCUCGACGCAGCACGCGGCGGAGAUCUCCACCGAGGACCUCCGCAAGGAGCUCAUGGAGAAGAUCAUCAAGAAGACCAUCCCGGCGAACCUCCUUGAUGAGCGGACGGUAUACCAUAUUCAACCGUCUGGACGCUUCGUCAUUGGUGGACCGCAGGGUGAUGCGGGUCUUACUGGCCGUAAGAUCAUCGUCGACACCUACGGUGGGUGGGGUGCGCACGGUGGAGGUGCAUUCUCUGGCAAGGAUUGGUCCAAGGUCGACCGCUCUGCGGCUUACACUGCUCGUUGGAUCGCGAAGUCCCUUGUGGCAGGCGGUCUCGCACGGCGGGUGCUCGUCCAGCUCUCGUACGCCAUCGGUGUUGCGGAGCCAUUGUCGAUCUACGUCGACACAUAUGGCACGGGCAAGAAGACUAAUGAGGAGCUCGUCGAGGUUAUACGCAACAACUUCGACCUCCGGCCCGGUCUCAUUGUGCAAGCUCUUGGUCUGCAAAAGCCGCAGUACCUGAAGACCGCGUCGUACGGUCACUUCGGUAACUCCGAGUACGCAUGGGAGCAGCCCAAGAAGCUCCAGCUCUAA